AAAAUCGCAUUAUGUACGGGGCGAAGGGACUUAUAAGUGAAAGUCGUGAUUUACAACUCGUUGGGUAGUAGGCGAGAUGAAAAUGUGCGCAGCUUCCCCCCAGGCGCAACCUAGCACACCCAAAUCAAAAUUAAACCCGAACGUUAAGAAGAGGAGGCCCCGAAGGAUUAAAAAGUCGGAAACACCCCUCCACCUCCGUAUAAAAUGCUCGCAGGUUCCCCUUCCCGGCGAUUUUCCCAUAAUCAGAACCAAACAACACAGAAAGAGAGAAAAACAAAAAACACAGCGAACAAACCCUUCUCUUCUCUUUUCUGCUUCUUCAUCCAUUUCUUCUCCAAUUCUAAUUCUCUCUCUGCCCCCAUUCAAGAAUAACGCAGCGGCGAGCUCUGGCCCUUCACUGUGAAUGAAAGGCUAAUGGCUAUGGGGACAGAAAGAUCGAAGGCGUUGCACAAUUUCACGAUGCCGUGUGGUUUGCGGUGGGGGAAUCAGCGAUUUCUCCGUUGCAUGAAGGUCAACUCCAACGGCCAAAUCUCGCCCCUUCAACGAUUCACAACCAAUAAUUCCGGUUCUUCUGAUCAUCACCACCAACACCAUCACCAACAUCCAAUCCAACAGCGCCGCACCACCAGAGAUAGAGACAGAGAAAGAGAUAAAGACUCGUCUCCUGAGUUUGUGCAUGGAUCUCCCAAAGUGGGUCCUACUCCGCCGCCGGCGACGGACGGUGGUCGGAGAUUCAGCGAUGACGAUGAUGAUGGGAUUGCCGCUAUGAGAGAGAAAGUGAUGUUCGAUCUCCAGACGGCGGCGGAUAAAAUGAAAGACGCGAUUUUUAAGGAUGGACUUGAGGAAGGUAAGGUUUCUGUUUCCCAGCAGCUUCUGCCUCAGCCGCCGCCUCCGCCGCCGCCGCCAGCGGAAGGCGAGACUUACCGUCCAUGGAACUUGAGGACGAGGCGAGCUGCGUGUAAGACGCCGGUGAGUGGGUUCGUCUCCGGUAAAAACUGUGGCGCCCCUGCCGUCGGUGGGGGGAACGAUGCAGGCGGCAACAAGAUUUUGAGGCUUGAUGUGCCGAGACCCAAUUCGGCUGCGGUGACAGCCCACAAGCCGCCGAUGCAUAGGAGUGAAGGCAGCGGGAUGGCGGCGAGUGGGGAAAAAAGGGAACGGGCGAAGUUUUCAGUGCCGCUUGCAAAAAGAGAAAUCGAAGAGGAUUUCUUCGCCAUGGUUGGUCACAGGCCGCCGCGCAGACCGAAGAAGAGAGCUAAGAUUGUUCAAAAACAAUUAGAUACCCUAUUUCCAGGAUUGUGGCUGACUGAAGUUACAGCAGAUAUGUAUAAAGUUAAUGAAGCUGCUCCAUGACAAGAAAGUUUCUGUGAAGUUGAAAGCGGCCUUCUUUUUGCUUUUGAGAAAUGGUUAAUUGUGAAGGAUGGACUGAGUUAGUGUGGCACAUUGCACCAGCACUGUGAAUUUGGAAUUUCAGGGAAGUGUUGAAAUUUCCUCUGGUAAACUGUGGUGUAUAAGAAAAAGGCUUAGUUGCUUGGGGAAUGCUAAUUUUUGUUUUGUUUCCUGAUUAUAAUUGUUCAUAUAUAUGUUUUAGUUCAUGGGAAUAAAGUCAACAUAGUGGAAAAGUUGGUGGGAGGUUUUCUUUCUUCUUUUGCUACAGAACACUAUGCUUCUUGAUAUCCAAGUUCAUAAUUCUUUUU